AUGGCCAGCAGCGAGAACGGCGAGGAGCUGAUGCUCUACGACGGAAACUCGGAGUCGGAGGAGUCCGAGUACUCGGAAAACGAGGAGUCCUCGCCCCUGGUCACCCCGAACAGCAAUGCGGACUCGGGCUAUCCCCUGGAGGUCUCCAUGGUGCUGCAGGACACCAAGCUGAAGACCCAGAACAAGAGCAAUAGCAACAGCAACAGUAACAGCAGCUCCAGCACCAGCACCACCACCACCAUCGGUGCAGUGCAUCCGAACUAUGGAUUCGGCAAGCGCUGGUCCAAAUCCGAGGACGUGCUGCUCAAGACGCUGGUGGAGAAGCACGGCGAGAACUGGGAGAUCAUCGGGCCGCACUUCAAGGAUCGCAUGGAGCAGCAGGUGCAGCAGCGUUGGGCCAAGGUCCUCAAUCCGGAGCUCAUCAAGGGUCCGUGGACGCGGGACGAGGACGACAAGGUCAUUGACCUGGUGCGCAGCUUCGGUCCGAAGAAGUGGACCCUCAUUGCGCGCUACCUGAACGGACGGAUCGGAAAGCAGUGCCGCGAACGCUGGCACAAUCAUCUCAAUCCGAAUAUCAAGAAGUCGGCGUGGACCGAGGAGGAGGACAAGAUCAUCUACCAGGCGCACAUCGAGCUGGGCAACCAGUGGGCCAAGAUAGCCAAGCUGCUGCCCGGGCGCACGGACAAUGCGAUCAAGAACCACUGGAACUCGACGAUGCGACGCAAGUACGAUGCCGAACGCAGGUCGGUGAAUGCAUCGGGCAGCGAUCUGAAGACUUCGCGCACCCAUCUCAUAACGCUGAUCAAGUCGGGCGGGAUUAGCAAGGGGCAGCCGCAAAAGACGGCGGAAACGGCAGAGGCUGCCAAGACAGCUCCCAAGUCGGAUAGCACCGAGGUUAGCCAAGCCAAGCCGGAGCUCACGGAGCCGCAGGAACUUUCGGGAGCCGAUCAGUACCUCGGUGCACUGAAGAUGCAACUGCCGCGCCAAACGCCGAACAUAUUGAAGCGGCCGCGAAAGAACCAGAGCAACAGCAACAUUCCCGAAGCCACUCCAUCGUUCGGCCAGGAAGAGGCAGCUUCCGCCGUUGCCGCCAAGUCAUCGCCGGUAAUUACGCCCAUCAAGUCGCUGCCCUUCUCGCCCAGCCACUUCCUCAAGUCGCCGUGUUUGACCACCUUCGAGGACAUGAACCUGCGGGCCAGCACGCCGGUGACCAAGGUCUACAAUCGCGUGGGCAUGGAGAUCAAGAAGGAGAUGGAGACGUCGUCCAUUGAAACACCGCACAAGAGUCAACUGGGACCGCGAACGCCGACGCCCUUCAAGAAGGCACUCGCUGCCAUUGGCAAGAAGCGGGAUGGUCGCCGCUACGAGCCCUCCAGCCCCUCCAGUUUGGCCGAGGAUCUGGCUGAGAUCAUCCACGAAGAGCAUCUCAGCAGUUCGCUGAACGGAAACCAGUCCAAGAUGACGGAGAACACUUCGUUUGGCACCCAGUCGCCGCAUUUGAAACGUGCCAGGAAGUCACUGCUCUCCACCUGGAGCUCCAAUCACCCAUCGAACGGGGCCAGCGCCAAGAAGAUGCAACCUUUUGAGACGGAGACGCCGAGCAAGUUCCUCACGUCGCCCGGCAACAUUAUGAAGGACACGCUCUGCAGCGAACAGGACCUGCCGUUCGACGAGGGCAGGAAGGAGAAUCGACCAUUCCACAACCGCAAGGGCUUCAAGUACCGCGGCGUGCUGUCGUCCUACGACCAUGUCAUCGAUCCCAAAUGGGCACGAGUGGCCUGCGGCAGGACCAAAGAUCAAAUAUUCAUGGAGGAGCAGGCGUACGCGUGCCUCAAGAACCUAUCCUGCAUACCGCGCUCCCUCAACUUCGAGAAGCAAAAGUGCUUGGUCAACUCAUUCGAGCGCUUUGGCUCACUUUAAAUUUCUACGUUGCUUUUAAGAGGUAUUAAAAACAUUUAUACAAGUAUCAUUUUUAUAUAAUUAUGUAGAUAUAUAUCGAUCGCUCCCUCAAUUUGCACAUACAGUUUUUACAACAUUUUCGUUUCGAUGAGCAACGCAUUUCAAAAUACAUACGAUUUAAAGAUUUAAAGUACUACACUUUGUGGCAUUAUUGUAACCCAUUUUUUUCGUAUAUUUAAUAAAUAAAUAUGCUUAAAGUGAAACCUUGAA